UUAAUAAUAACUACCCAAUAAGGAUGAUUGGGGAAGUAUCAGAGAUUUCAGAGCAGUUGCAGAAGGGGGGGCCUUUGGACUCUUUUUGAAUAAAUGUUUCCCUUGUUUUUACAGGAGAGAAGCGGUUGUCCUGCAUUGGACCAAAUCCCCUCACACCUGUCCUCCUAAACUGUGUCCCUCUCUCUCUCUCUCUCCACCUUUUCUUCAUCUUCUUUACUUCUGAUAUUAUUUUCUUCACUGGGUAUUUAUCUUCUUCUCCUACUUGGUUUGGAGACUGGGAAACAGAGCAAACUUUGAGGAGCAGAGCCAGAUAAAAUGCCCAACUUGUACCUUCGAAGUAGCAGCUUAAAAAGGCUGUUCUCGAUUGGCCGUCGCAGUAGCUUUGAAGAGGUAGAGGUUUUGAAGGAAACUGGCACAACUGAGCAUGAUAGCAAACAAACCAAAGAAACCACCUCCAUUUCUCCAGUAGCAGAGCCAUCUCCGAGACCCACUUGGAAAUGCUUCUCUUAUGAAGAGAUUUUUGAAGCAACCAAUGGGUUUAAAGCAGAAAAUCUGGUUGGGAAAGGUGGGUAUGGAGAGGUUUUCAAGGGAGUACUAGAAGGUGGACAAGAAAUCGCUGUAAAAAGGCUAACCAGAGCUUGUUCAGAAGAACAGAAAGAGAAGGAGUUCUUAACAGAGCUUGGAACAAUCGGACAUGUUCACCAUCCAAACGUGACAUCCUUGUUAGGUUGUUGUAUCGACAAUGACCUUCAUCUCAUCUUUGAGUUCUCUUCACAAGGCUCUGUUGCUUCUCUUCUUCACGAUGAGAAAUCGCCACUAAUGGCUUGGAAAAUAAGGUACAAGAUUGCUAUUGGAACAGCCCGUGGCCUCCAUUACUUGCACAAAGGGUGCCAGAGAAGGAUAAUUCACCGGGACAUUAAAGCUUCUAACAUUCUACUGACUACAGAUUUUGAACCACAGAUAUCUGAUUUUGGAUUGGCAAAAUGGCUCCCAUCUCAAUGGUCUCAUCACUCAGUCGUCCCUAUUGAAGGGACAUUUGGGUACUUGGCACCUGAAUACUUUAUGCAUGGAAUUGUUGAUGAGAAGACAGAUGUGUUUGCCUUUGGAGUCUUUCUACUGGAAAUCAUCUGUGGCCGGAAACCAGUUGAUGGAUCACAUCAGAGCUUACUUAACUGGGUAAAGCCUCUCUUAAAUGAUGGGAUGAUAGAAGAGUUGGUAGAUCCAAGGCUUGGAGGGGAUUAUGAUGUCACACAGCUUAAGAGGCUGGUUUUUGCAGCUUCCCUCUGUAUUCGAACAUCAGCUUCAUGGCGGCCAAUAAUGAGUGAGGUAUUGGAGGAAAUGGUGAAUGGAGAGAUGGACAAAGAGAGAUGGAAAAUGCCAGAGGAAGAGGAGGAAGGGUUCUGGGGUUUUGAAGAGCUAGAAUGUGAAUGUGAAUGUGACAGUUCCUUCUCAACCUCUCCUUUGGACUCAAUGUCUAUCUGAAGCUCACAGAGCUGGAUAGUUAAGCUAAUUAACAUUGGAACCUAAACCUACCUUCCUCAACAUCUAGAGCUACACGUUCCAUAUAUAGGUGUAUAUACAAGGAUUAAGAAGAUAGAAUUGUUAGAUCAACUCUUCUUCAUUUAUGGUUUUCUCUGUCUUUUUCAUUAGAAAACUCUUGUGGAUGUACAGUUUAAUUGCUUAUUAGUUUCCAUUAAAGUUAGUGGAUUUGUAUGCCUCCA